UUUCAAAUGUGCGAAUUGUUAAAUUUUGUUGCAAUAGUUUUAAGGUACAAGCUAAUUUAAGAAAUAUUUAAAUUGAAAGAAUGGUAAUUAAAAUACGUGAAAUUAAAACACGAUCUACUUGAAUUUAGAAAAACUGAAUUGAAUAUAUGUAAUUAGCAAAAAACAAUUGAAUUUUCGCCAUGAAAAGACAAAAGUAUGUUGUUUUAGAAGAAGAAGAGGUAUCAUUACCUAUGCAAAAAAUAUCACCCAAAAUUGAAAAAACAUUAGAAGCUCAAGUACAAGAUGGUGACACAUUAGCAAGUAUUGCUUUAAGAUUUCAUUGUACAGUUGCUGAAAUAAAGCGACUUAACAAAAUUGAUAAAGACAAUGAAAUCUAUGCCCGGAAAAUAAUCAAAGUGCCAAUUACACCACAUUCCAUUUUAUUAGAAACUUUACCUGCUGGGGAAAAUAAUACUCUUAUCUUUAAAGAUGCAGAUGAAUUUUUCAAUAACAAUGAUGUCGUAGACUCUUUAAGGGAGGAAGCUAAGAAAUUAAAUGAAAAAUUCUAUGAUUCAGGAACAUCAGUAGAUUCUUCACAAAAGACAAUAAAUGCAAUUGUUUUGAAUUCAAGGUUAAGGCGUAAUUUAUAUUCGGACCGACAGGAUGAGCAAGAUACAUCAAAUUCUUUAGCAGAUAGUUUCGAAGACAAUCUUCCACAGCCACGAAUGAUUCGCGGACCAACUAAUGUAAUUUUUGAUUGCUCAGGAUCUGAUUGUGAUAUGUCUUGGAUUUGUCUUUUUGUGUUAAUUUUAGCUUUAUGUUUUGCAAUUCCUUUAAUAUAUAUUGUUUAUAUUGCCGAGCAUUAUGAGAAGUUUCAUCACAACUCUACUGCAUUAUAAAAUAUGUAUUUGUAUUUACCCACGUAUUUGUAAUUUACAAACUAAAAUAUUUCAAUAUCGAAAAAUUUUUUUUAAAUUGAAUUUGUUUGUAACAGUGUAUUAUAAUAUAUCAAUAAUUUUAUAUUAAAUUUUAUAGUAGUUAAUUCUUAAGUUGUAUAAAUUUAUAGCUAAUAAUUUUAAGAAUAGUAUAUAAUGACUAGAGCAACAAUUAUGCGGAGUGAGCAAUUAAGAUAUUGUAAAACUUUUUACAUAAGAAAUAAAAUUUUAAUCAACUUAUUAAGGA